GCGGGACCUGUUCUCACACAGGUGAGUGCGCACCAUCUUAAUUAACAGCUAGCUAAAUGGCUGCCAUAGCUAGUUGUCAGUUGAGCAUUGAAGCAACUAAUAAGCACUAGCAGGACGUUGCAAUAGCCAAGUCAAGACAAAACAGUUAGCUCAAACGAACUAGACCAAAGUGAAGACUUGACUGAAGUUUUAUGGCGGUUUGUCUUGAAACUGUCACGCACGCGCAAUUUCUAUAAAAUGCGGCUUCGUUCCUUUGAUAUAUGAGGAAAAAAUAUUCAAAUCUAAUAGUUACAAAAUUAUUUUAUGUCCUAUGAUAGGUUUUUUAUUAUUCAUUGUGAUGGAUUGAUUUGGGUACAAAAUUCUGAUGAUAAAAAGUUAAACCUUUGGAUCACAAAUCAUGCCUUUUUUACAUUACCACGAAAGACGCUGUAUUGUAAAGAUGACUAAAUUAUGAAUGGUGAAAAUAACGGGAAAGAUCGCGCUAACUACGUUACCGUUUACAGUGAUAUUUUUACCUACAAUAAUCGCAGCGGGAAAUUUUUGAUUAAGACACAUCCCUAAUUGUCAGUGCCACUGUUACUUACCUCAAGUAGAUGGAGUCCAGUCAGGUGGGCGUCUGGCUGUUGUGUAGGAUUGUUAUUCAUCAUGCAGAAAUUUGGCACAUCUCCUGUUGUCGACGAGAAGACAGCGGGACCUGUACAUACACAGGAGGCAGCCCAGGCCCUGAUAUAUGCUGGCAUGGCAGGGUCCAAACUGGAAGGAAUCCAGGACAAAGUGAAUGAAUACUUGGAUCGGGUCCAAGCCCUCCACAAUGCCUUCCAGGCACAGAAGAGCGACCCGCUGAAGUCUCGGCAGCAGGUGGACCUGGAACGUGCCCACUUCCUGGUCACCCAGGCCUUCGAGGAAGAUGAGAAGGGGAACGGUGAUGAAGCCAUUGAACUGUACACUCAGGCUGUGGAGCUGUGCAUUAAAACAUCCAACGAGACGUCGGACCAGGCACUGCAGACCAAGCUGAAGCAGCUAGCACGUCAGGCUUUAGACAGGGCGGAGGGUCUAAAAGAAUCCCAGUCCAAAUCAAUUCCAGCUCAGGACAGGACAGGGCCAUCUGUGACCAAGCCUAACAGUGGUGGCACUCCUGGGGGGCCGGUCCGCCAAUUUUUUCCCCUCGGACCAGACUUCACCGUCCACGACCGACCGCAGCCCCAGCCAGUCCGGGCGGUCCAGUCCAGCGAGCCCCAUGGUCAGCGCUACACGUCUGAUGAGAUCGAGGUGCUCAGGACUACGUCUACGAUCAAUGGCAUAGCCUACGUGCCGUUCAUGAGCGUGGACCUGAAGGAGCGCUUUGCCUUUCCUGUCCCUUUCUCGGACAAAACAGGGAAACUGGCACUGUCACCCAAACAGAAAGCCAUCUUCUCCCGCUGGGUCCGGCCAGAUGAGAUCUGCAAUAACCCCACCAUGAUCAUGUCUGUGUCCAGCUUCAGCAUCAAACAGACGGUGGUGUCUGACUGUUCGUUCGUGGCGUCGCUCGCCAUCAGCGCGGCCUACGAGAGGCGCUACAACAAGAAACUUAUCACCAGCAUCAUCUACCCUCAGAACAGACGAGGAGAGCCAGAGUAUAACCCCUGUGGGAAGUACAUGGUCAAGCUUCACAUCAACGGAGUCCCCAGGAAGGUGAUCAUAGACGACUACCUGCCGGUGGAUCGUAACGGAGAGCUGCUGUGUUCCUACUCCAGCAACAGGAACGAGCUCUGGGUCUCUCUUAUAGAGAAGGCCUACAUGAAGGUGAUGGGAGGCUACGACUUCCCCGGAUCCAACUCGAACAUUGAUCUACAUGCGCUCACUGGCUGGAUCCCUGAACGCAUCGCUAUGCACUCUGACAAUCAGUCAUUCAGCAAGGACGACACCUUCCGCAUGCUCUUCCAGAGGUUUCACAGGGGUGACGUCCUCAUCACCACGGCAACGGGGGUGAUGACAGAGGCAGAAGGGGAGAAAUGGGGUUUAGUGCCAACACAUGCCUAUGCUGUACUUGACAUCAGGGAUUACAAGGGAAUGCGUUUCCUGCAGCUGAAGAAUCCGUGGAGCCAUUUACGGUGGAAGGGGCGCUACAGCGAGCGAGACGAGAAGAACUGGACACCUGAACUCCUCAAAUACCUCAACUUUGACCCCAAGACAGCACAGAAGUUCGAUAACGGUGUUUUCUGGAUCGCAUGGGAGGACCUGUGUCAAUACUAUGAUGUCAUUUACCUGAGCUGGAACCCCGCCCUGUUCAAAGACUCCACCUGUAUUCACAGUAGCUGGGAUGGGAGACAGGGUCCAGUGAAGGACGUCUACAGUCUGGCCAACAACCCCCAGUACAAGCUGGAGGUCCAGUGUCCAACAGGAGGAGCUGCUGUGUGGGUGCUGCUCACCAGACACAUCACUGACAAGGAGGACUUUGCACAAAACAGGGAGUUUAUCACCCUGGUCGUUUACAAGACAGAUGGGAAGAAGGUUUACUAUCCAGCGGACCCUCCUCCUUACAUCGAUGGCAUCCGCAUCAACAGUCCCCACUACCUGACAAAGAUGAGGCUGACCAGCGCAGGGAGUCACACCUUCACGCUGGUGGUUUCUCAGUAUGAGAAACAGAACACCAUCAACUACACUCUGCGGGUGUACUCCGGAUGCAAAUUCACCUUCUCCAAGAUCCCAAAUCCCUUCUCUCACACCAAAAGGAUUAAUGGUCAGUGGAAGGGACCCACUGCCGGUGGUUGUGGGAACUAUAAGGACUCGUACAAACACAACCCGAUCUAUCAGGUGAACCUGGAGCGGUCAGGACCCCUGCUCAUCGAACUGCGAGGAUCCAGGCAGUACAGUGUCGGUUUUGAGAUGGUGACGGUGUCGAAUGUCGGGGAUCCGGGACCGGCUGCCUUCCAGAAGAAGAGCAGUGGAGAUUACAGAUGCGGCUUCUGCUACAUGGAAGCCGAACACGUCCCAGCAGGCAUCUACAACGUCAUUCCCACCACCUUCCUGCCCAAACAGGAAGGACCCUUCUUCUUGGACUUUGCCAGCACCGCACCCCUCAAAGUCUCUCAGCUGCAGUGAAGACGGAGCUGGAAAGAGGACGGGGGCAGGGAUUUGGAGAGAGAGAGAGAGAUUUGCAAGGAUAUAGAAUAUCAUUGGGUAUUUCUGAAACUGUACUUUGGAUGUGAUGAGGUAAACAAGGCCUCAGUAAAAACCCAAAGAGCCCAGAAUGUGACUGGUACAAUCUUUUCCCCGUCUUCUCUCACUUAAAACCUUCGCAGAGGUAAAUGGACACAUCCUUGGCUUCAACAGCGGCUUGAGGAUAUCACAGAGUUAUAGUAAAGGAAUAAAUUAUUAACAAGAGGAACUUCUGAGUGGAAUAAAAAGUCAAGACGUUUGGGGACAGAAAACAAAUAAGUCUCACCAAAAUUUCACCAAACAGAGAGCGAUGAUUAGAGCGGCAACAUAGACACAGUAUGUCUAUUUAUCUCCAAUGAACUGAGCUUACAACCACCAGAUGGAAUAUUUAAAAUAAAUACAGCAGUUUUGGUCUGAUGGAUCUCACCAACCCACAUCCUGGAUUCAACUGGUUGUGGAGGAGUAACAGGUUGAAAUAAACACCAGCUGUCAGCCACGAGCUGCAAAAUUAGGCUUCUUUUCAGGUUCUCUUUUGCCGCAAUGAGCACCUCAACAGUCUAGAAGUGUAUUCUUAGUACCUGGUUUUGGAGUUUCUGGAAUAUUAUGAAGUUUUUGAGAUUCCACACAGGGAAAGUAACUUCCCCAGAGAAGUAGGAGGACACCUGUGGACAUCCCUGUCCACGUAUUUUAGUUUACUUUUGGUUUGGGGAUGUUUAUCCUGGUUUGGUCUCCUUGAUUCCAGUGAAGGAAAAUCUUAAUCUUCUACAGCAGAGUGCUUCUAACUAUGUCAACAGUUUGUGUUUGUCCCUUUCCUGUUUCAACAUGACGAUGCCCCCGUGCACAAAGCUAGCUCUGUAAAGAAAUGGUUUUCCCAGUUUGGUGUGGAAGAAUGUGGCCUCAACCCCAUCCAACACCUUCUGGGAUGAACUGGAACACUGACUCCGAGCUAGACCUUAUCACCCAGUAUCAGUGAUGCUCUUGUGGCUGAAGGGGGGCAAAUCCCUGCAGCCUGAUGGAAAACCUGAAACCAGAGUGGAGGAUUUAUAGCAGCAGAUUAACGGCCAUGGUUUUGGAUUUAGAUGUUUAACUUUCACAUGUAGGUGUAAUGAUGAUAGCUGAGAUUUGGGAUGAAAUUUACCGUUGUCUCUAGAACAACCGCCUUUUCAUUUUCAAAAAUCAGGCGAGUUACAGCGAGUGAAACGUCCAUCCAGUCAGAUAUAAGAAGGGAUGAUGAUGCUAUCUUGGUAAGAGAGACCCAUCAAUCGUCUAGUGUACAGACAACUUGAUCUGACAGCUGUCUAGUAAAUUCAUCCAAGCCCUGACAAAUAAUAAGGAGCAAAGAAAAAGCUUUGUCGGACUAUAUGCUUCAGCUGCUUCUAUAUAUCACACUGUCGCUUCUCCACUGAAAAUAGAAAGACAACCUGGAGUAGAAACCAGGCUGUUCUGAGCUAUAAAUACAAUAAAAUAAUAAAGCAGAAAGGAAUAAUAUUUAGGGUCAUUAUAACCUCUGAUAAAUCAGCACAAGAUGCUUGAGAUGCUCACUGCUGCAAAACUACUUGAAUAAGAAGAAGUUGCUUGAUGAUGAAACUGUUCAAUAGUCUGAAGAGUCUCUGACAAAAUAAUAAAAGCUGUUUCAGAGUCCGUCAGAGCCUCUGUGGCCGGUGGAA